AUGCCGCCUCGAAUACACCUUCAAUCAUUUGCUCGACCAUCAUCCUCUCAGUCCCCUUCUCGCUUCGUCUGUGUGCAAUGCAGACACGCAACAGCUGCUGCCACAGUCCCAGCACCAACUGAGUCGCAAAUACUGAACAGUGCACCAUCAACACAGCGAUACUCCCAAAUCACACCCCCCUCACAUCGCGACCCAGCAUACCGGAAAUCGCAGCUCCUACGAACAUACGUCUCCCUCCUGCAAACAACACCACUAAUCAUCCUAUUCCAACACAACAACCUCAGAGCCCUAGAAUGGGCAUCCAUACGUCGCGAGCUAGCCAACGCGCUACAAAAAGUCGAUGAAACACAACUCAAAGACAGGGGACCAGAAGCCUACAUACCAAUCAGCGACAGCAUCAAGCUCACAGUCAUUCGUACAAAUAUGUUCGAGCCCGCCCUCCGUAUAACAGAAUACUACAAACCCACCGUCGUAAAAGGUAUGCCCGUACCCGCACAACCCCACGGCAUAGAAGACGAACGCCUCGACCCAUCCCUCACCCACACCCUCUCCCGCGCCGCCCACGACAUCGCAGCAAAACACAGGAACCAACACCCCCUGACCCCGCUCCUCACCGGCCCCCUCGCGGUCCUAACCUUCCCAACCGUCAGCCCUCAACACGUUCGUGCAGCCCUCAGCAUCCUCGCCCCUCAAGCUCCCAUUUUCCCUGCUCCAACACGCCGCGCCAAUCCGGGCUACCACGAACCAGCGACGCAGGAAGGCCUGAAGAAACUGAUGAUGCUAGGCGCGCGUAUAGAUGGACAAGUCUUUGAUACUGAGGGAGUUAGAUGGGUUGGUGGGAUUGAGGGUGGAAUUGAUGGGUUGAGAGCACAGCUCGUGGGUAUGUUGCAAGGGUUUGGUGCUGGUAUCACGACUACGUUGGAGGCUGCGAGUAGGAAUUUGUGGCUUACUGUGGAGGGAAGGAGGAGGAUGUUGGAGGAGCAGAGUGCGCCGAAGAAGGAGGAGGCUGGGGCGGAGGUAGUGGGAGGUGAGUCGACGGGGGAGAAGGCGACGUGA